AUGGAACUUCUAGAUGUCACCGGCCCCGAAUCGGCUUCCAAGGCUAUCCUAGUCGUUUAUGACAUCUUCGGUUUCUUCGAUCAGACCAUCCAGGGAGCCGAUAUCCUUGCCACCUCAACCAAAGAGAAGUACCGCGUCUUCAUGCCAGACUUUUUCGAGAAUGAACCGGCCGACAUAUCUUGGUACCCGCCCACCACCGAUGAGCACAAGGAAAAGUUGGGCAACUUCUUCUCGACAAAGGCAGCCCCACCCAAAACACUUUCUAAGGUUCCAGACAUCGUGGCUGCAGCCAACAAGUUAGCCCUAGGCGAAAACUUCCAAUCAUGGUCGAUCCUGGGCUUCUGCUGGGGCGGCAAGAUUGCCUCGCUGGUAUCUGGCGCCGAGAACCAGCUCUUCAAAGCGGCUGCACAAUGCCACCCCGCCAUGGUUGACGCGAAUGAUGCCAAGGCCGUUAACAUUCCCAUGGCGAUGCUUGCUUCUGGAGAUGAGCCGGCGCAGGACGUCAAGGACUACGAGGCGAACCUAAAGGUCCCCAAGCACGUGGAGACAUUUUCCUCCCAGAUUCACGGUUGGAUGGCUGCACGAUCGGAUUUGGAGAACCCCGAAGUGCGCAAGGAGUACGAGCGUGGAUACAAGACCGUUCUCGAAUUUUUCCACCAGCACUCGUAA